AUGAGUGUUGGGGUGUUAACACUAAACAUAAAAAACAAAUGUCAAGCUGGAUCAUGUAGUUGCGGUAAAACCCCGGAUAAAUUUGGUCUAAAGGUCAGUAAGGAGACAACUAUUCCUAAUGUCACAGGGUUCGUUAGAUAUACUCAUGAGCUCGAUGACGGGAAUACGUUCACUCUCAAAGGAGAGUUGAACGGAAAUGAGAGACUUGAGGGUGGAAGAUCCAUAGAGAAUGUUAGGGAAGUCUCUGUUUUCUAUUGGGAUGGAGAUGAAGAUGGGAGUGCACCUCUUAUCCUAGAAGUUGUUAAGGGACCCGAUGCUAGGGACACCGAAUACUACAUUAGAUAUGAAUAUGGUGAACAAGAAAUAUCAGGCAGUAGCGAAACAGUUUGGAAGCACCAUGGAUAUAUUGAAGGGAAACCGUUGCAAGAUAGGUUGGAUGAUAGGAACUUGGCUAGAAAUCAACGUAUUCCAUUCGGUCUUGAGAACCCUACCAAAUAUCGUAACUUUGGUUCUGAUCGUUCAAAAGGUAAACGAGUACAACUUGCCUCCUUAAAGUCUCUUAACGGUAGUGAAUACACUGUUACAACUUACAAUAUCAUCGAUCAGGACCUGAGAUUAUCAAGGAUAGAAUAUGACAAGGAAAAGAUUGAUAUUCCUAUUCCUGCCAAUACACUCGAUGGAAUAAGGCUCUAUUCAUCAUCGGGUAUUUCACAAGUACCGCUUAUGAUUGAAUUUAAACCGGUUAGUGGAGGUGAUUCUACUUUUCAUGCCAGUAAAAGUGAAACUACUUGGAACACUGUUGAUGGAAGGUCAGAGGACUUUUAUUAUGGUAAAGAUCUGGACGAGCAAACACCAAAAGAGGCACUAGCUAAUAAGCUAGAUGAGCUCGCCUGCUUCUACUACAACGCGGUUACCAUUGAUUUGUCCUAUGAUAUAUCUACAGGAAAAAGUAACUGGUAUUGUUGUAAUAAACACAAUAGCAAUGAAAAGGUCCAUGUCGAGCAAAAGCAUGUUUAUUGCAGGCAAGAUCGGAAUAAAAGCUCCAUUACAGCCUAUAAACACUCCAUUAAUGGUGGAAAACUUUCUGGCAUUAAAUUCUACCUUAGUUCUGAUCACUCUAAACAGAACAGGAAACGUAUAACAUCCGGUACAUUGAAACUGCCUGCUGAUGGACCGCUUGAUAUAUACACAUUUUACUGCCAAGGAAAUAAUCCGGUAUUAGUCUACAUCCAUUAUAGAAGUUCUCAGGGAAAUUCAGGAUGGUACAGAAAGCAGAGUAGAAAUGGUGAUAAUAGGCCCUGGAAAAGAACUGGUCCACUGAGUAGCAUAAAGUCUAAUCAUUUAGAGAAGGAGGGACUUAACUGUAAACAGUGGAAUAAACUCGUGGAUGAACUUAAGAAAUUAAAAUGUAAUGUGAGCCACUGUCCUGAAAAUUCUAAAUCUUUGCCUUCAGUACGUGCUGAAGGUGUUGAAAAAGGACAAGAAUCCGUAACACUUUCUGACGGGGAUGGUGACGAAGAUGAAGAAAAUGAGGAAUCUGAUGAUGAAGUAACCGAAGAAUUGACAACUCUUGGACUAGGCAUAUCAGCUAUAGCUGGCCAACUCGGAGCAUCCGUCCUAGGUAAAAUUAUCGAUAAGGCACUCCCAGAAACUUUCGGAGUAACUAAAGAUCUUAUUGAAUCUACUGCUCCAAAACUGUGGGCUAUUCUAUCUCCUGAUCCUCCUGCUGAUCCUGCUCAUACUUCUACUGCUAAAGUUACUGGUGCUGAGCCUUUUGCUUUCGCUACUCUUGGAUAUGCCUUAUCGGGAAUCCCCGGGAACCUCUACCUCUCCCUGGUCAUACUCUUUCCUUCCCUAUGGUUCCUCAAACUGAUACUCAUUCUUUUUGUCCUGAGAGAUUUUAAGCUUAGACUCAAGCUCUAG